GAAAGGCACAUCCGAGUAGAAGUUAUGAGGGAGGAUAAGACUGACCUAGGCAAGAGAAAAGAUGAAGAGGUAACAGGGGAGAGGAGAGGUGAGGCAGAGGAAGAUAAAGUUGAAGAAAAGGAGGGAAGAGGAGAAGAGGAGAGAGAAGAGGAAGUGAAUGGGGACUGUGUAUCUAAGCCAUCAGAAGAGAGCAUUGAAGAGAGUCAGGUUCAGGGUGAGGGUGGAGAAGGGGAUGCAGAAAACCAUGACUACGAUGAGGAUGAAGAGGGAGAAUACAUGGAUAUGAAAGGCUCUGUGCAGACUGCCCUGGAUGCCCCAGAUAUGUCAGGUGUCAGAAAUGAAGUAGUUGCCAUAGAUGUGCCAUUUCCUCUGAUGGAGAAGGACGAUGAACAAGACCAGGACUGUCCACUGGACUUUCAGGAUACUUUUGGAUUCCUGGACCUUAUGGACAGCAGUGUCUCCAGCCAGAUGUUCCAAGAGUUCUCAGUGGAGCCUCAUCAUGGGGAUGAUGAGUAUGAAGACGAGGUGGAGCAUAGAUCCCCAGGACUCUCACAUGACAGACCAGACCCUGUCACAUGGCCACCUGUAGAUGCACAGACACAAAUACAGACACAAACGCCCAUACACAGGCCUCUAAGCAUAGAUCAGUAUGGGCGAGCCAACAAGUCAAUGAGUCUGCCUUACAUGUCCCGGCCCUUCCUGCCUGCUCUGUCUUCCUCCUCUGAAGAAGAAGAAGAGGAGGAUGAAGAAGGUGAUGAUGAUUACGACAAAGAAGAUGAGGAGGAUGAUGAUGACAUGUUCUGUAAAAGUCUACCAUCUAGUUUGGUGUUCAACAGACUGACAUGGAGUGGACCUCAGACUGACUUGGAGAACAGUUUGUCCCCAGCCCCUGUGCCCUCACAACCACUGGACGGUGCAACUGAUGACGCACCAAUUCCUAGUUCUGAGCCCAGAAUGCCCCCUGAGCACUUGGACAUUGAUUCCCCUGACUGCUGUCAUCAAUCAGUGGAGGUUUUGAGGCAUAGCAAAGCUGAAGAAAAGAAUAGUCUGGAAGCGAUGAAAGUGGUGGAGGAGGAGGAUGCAGAACAGGAUCGAGACAGCCAGGAGAAAGACCAGGCAGACACCCUGACCAAUACUUGCACAGAAAGAUCACCUUCACUUUGCUGCACUGACAUAGAAGAAAGUUGUCACUUGGUUGAAACCAGCAUCAUGGAGGAAGAGGAAACUCCAGAUGACAUUGAGAGGAGCCACGCUUCAGCAUCCGCAUCAACUGACUGUGAGGAGGCCUCACUGCAGACCACUAGAGUUCAUCUGAAGCUCAAAGACGAGGAAGAGGUCCUGAAGAGUCAAUGUGCUGAAGAAGGUGUGAUUUUAGAGGGUUAUAAUGGUGAUACAGUGAACGAAGCCGAGGCAGAAAAUCCACAAGAGCAUUUACUGACGGCCUGUCAUAUUGUUUCCUGUGCUGAAGAGCCAGAGAACAUAGUCAAUGAGCGAUCAGAGGAGGUUUCUAGAGAUUCCACUGGGGAUGUAAAAGAGCAUCCUGAAAAAAGUGCUAAGAGGGAGAGAGUGGGAGAGAAGGAAAAUGGAGAGGAGAAGAAGGUAGAGGAAGAGAUGGAGGAAAGAGAUGAUAGAAACGGGGGAGGAUUGGACAAACUAGAGGGAAAAGAAACAGCAUGCGAGGGAGAUAUGGGCAAAAGAGAGGAGAGAGAGGUAUUAAAGGAAUUGGAAAAAACAGAGGAAAAGGAUGUGGGGGUUAGGGUGGGAGUGGAGGAGAAGGAACAAGGAGGAAUGAUUGAAGAAGAGGAUGACAGGAUAGCAGGUGAUGAAAGGGAAGUAGGAGAAGAGGACACAAAGCAGGAAGAGGUAAUUUAUGAAGAGAUGAUGAGCAUAGUAGCGAGGGAUGACAUGAUGGAAAGUGGAGAGAGGAAGGAUAGGGAAGGAGAGACUGAGGGAAGCACAUUUAUAGAGGAGGUGAUAGAAACCAAAGAAGAUGGAGAGAUGAUUGGAGUACAACAGAAAGAGAUCAUGAAAGAGAUAGAUGAGAGUAAGGCAAGUGAAGAGAUGAGUGCAAAAGAAGAGGCGAAGAGAGCGGUGGAAGGAGUGGAUACCAUGAGAGAGACUGAGGAAGAGGCAGCUGGAAAGAGGGUGGAAAAGAUGUCGAUUGAUAAUGAGAAACAGAACCUUGAGGCACAGCACGUUUUAGAGAGAAGACAAAGAGAUAUAGAUCUUAUAAAGGAUGUUGUGGGAGAGGGAUAUGAGGAGGGAGAGAAAGAGAUGGAAGUGGGAGAUGUAAUCAGGGAGGAAGAAGGAGAUAGUAUACGUGUGGUCCAACAGGAGACCGAUGAGAAGAAGAAGAAGAAGAAGAAGAAGAAAGGAGAGAUGAAAGAGCAACUAAAGACACCAACAAUAGAGGAAAGAGAAGAAGACCUGAAAGAGAUCAAGAUAAACAGCAAAAAAAAAUAUGAGGGAGAAAACGAAGCGAUGGAUAGUAAAGUGGCGUCUGAAAAAGGGGUGGGGAGAGUGCUGGUCGUGUCUAAACAACAAACACCCCCUAAAGUGUAUCAAGCAAGAUCAGUGCCAGUGGUACCACCCAAGCCACAUCACUGCAGAAUAACUGCACUGAACCUCAGACAACAGCAGCACCAGAGGGAGAGGAGAGAGACAGACAGAGACAGUGGAAAGGGAAAGGUACACAGGACUUUGGGACAGCAAGAUAAGGAGAGAAAGAUGGAAGGAAAGCCAGAGGAUGACAAAGUCAGCGAGACAGAACGAGGGUGGAAUGAGGAUGGGGAAGAUGAGGGCAGAGGCAAAAAGGAGGCACAGAGUGGGGGGGUGAGGGAGAGGAGGAGAGAUGUGGAUGAGGGGGGAGUGAAAGACAUGAUGAAGAACAGUCCAAUCAGUAUGUGUUUUGAUGAAGCUGUUGCCAUGGGAAUCAAGAGAGGGAGAGAGAAAGAGGGCAGUGAAAGGGAGAAAAAAAAAGAGAGAGGAUAUGAAGUACAAUAAAGAGAAAGAGGUGGACAUAAAAGCCAGUAAAUGUUAUAGUCAUUGACUCUGUCUGGAUGGUUAGUAUACAAACGUAUCAUUUAUGUAUAGUUAUAUUUUCCAUACUGCCUGUAUUAUUCAGCCUGGGCCUAGAACCCCGUCCCACUAAUAUUCAGGGCUACUCAGAAAACUGAUCCUCUGCAGACCCCCCCCCCCCCCCCCCCUCUCCAUCUGUAAAUGUCCUCCUUUUUGUUGCUAUUUUCAACCUAUUAAACUAACUUACAAUUUUUACUUGGUUUCAAUCUACAAAGAGUUGUAAAUUUACACCCAAGUAUGUAAAUCUCAGGUAUCACAUCUCAUGCAUAACCAUGGGUAUUGUGAGCAAGAAAAUUGUAUAACUUCUUAUGAGCAAUGGCUAGGUCAUUAUUUGUAUCAAUUCCAUAAACCAAUGCAUUUUCUGUUUUUAAUUCGUUGUUGUGAAUAAAUUUAUUCUGCAGA